UGUUUUGAAAGUUGUUAGGGUACCAACGCCAUUAGUUGAACCAAAUUUUGUUCUUCGGAAACCAAGUUUUUUUGGGCCAAAGUAGAGUGAAAUAAACAGUUUAUUGCUGCUGUAAUCUUUAAUUGUUAGUUUUACUUGAAAUUGAUGUUAUUUUAGUCGCAUUCGUCAUUAAGUUGGAUGUCGAUUCAAGACAGUUUAGAAGCCAAUCAGGAUACAUUCCGUGUGGGUUUUCCUCAACCACAAUCUGUUGAAAAUGAGAAUGAAUUUGUGACAAACAGCGGACGUCGCAUAAAGCAUUCAGAAUUCAUUCAUAAUAAUAAAACUUAUGAUGCACCAUCACGUGAACAAGGGAACUCACGUGUAUCAUCGAAACAUGAAACUGGAUCUCACCCUACACCUAUUAACAAAGGAAUUGUUGACUACGGAAUGUCCGACAGUCUACAAGCCCAACUUCAUCUUAGUCUCGAUAGACUGAGUGAAAACUUUUAUGACCCAGAUGAUCUAAACAGACUACAGAACAAACAAGUCGCCAAACCAACCAAGUCAUAUCCACCAAUUCCUCUACAUAAACAACCAGCUGCUACUAAACCUGAAAAAGAAGAUACUUUGGAUGUUCAAACCAAACCCUUAUAAAGUACAAGAUCAAGUAAAUUCUGAUGGAAGCCAAAACAAAUUCCAAAACGUGAGAGACUCCCUCUCACCUGAACUUAUGACCGGUUAUAACCAGUUUGAACUGGAUGAUAAUGAUGAUGACAUACACACAGUGGUGGUUGAUGAUUCACUUGAUGUUAACCAACAUGAUGUGGAAUUAAAUGAGAAGAUUGCCCAACAACAAAGAGAAAAUGACACUGAAAGAGAAAAUAUGGAAGAAGUUCAGUUUGAUCCAUAUGCUGAGCUAAGAUACAACCCAGCGUGGAGAAAUACUGGUGAAGCAACUAUUGCUGGUAACCAACACCCUGUAUCUGAUCAUAGGGAGAUAGGUGUGCAGAAAUAUUCCCCUAUUGAUUUCGGAAAUGCAAUAAAGCCUCCAAAUCCAAUUGAAGCAAGUGAACACACAAGAAAUGAGACACCCCAACAACAGGGAGGUGCGAUUACAAUCCACAAUAACAUGCUUUCCCCUACCAGAGAUUCCUUUGUUCGUUUAAGUUCAAAUCCUGAUCGACUGGUUGAAGUUAACACUGAAUAUGAAGAAGAGUUUCGUCGCAUGUUACAACUCGAAGCCAGGCAACGAGAGUUAGAAUCAGCAACAACUUACCAACCAAGUGAAAAUACAGAUUAUUCAUCACAAUACCAAGUUAACAAUCCACAAGAAGACAACCAAUUUCAACAUCAUCAAAAUACUUACGAAUUAGAUUCAAAUCAUUACAAUCACCAAGCUGCAAGUCAAGUUAGUUCAGCUCCUGCAAGACAGAAAACAAGCAAAGAAAAUAUUCAAGUUAAUCAAAAACGAAACCAAACCUCUAAUUUGCAAGAAAAAGUCACAAAGCGAGUUACUAAAGAUCAACCAUUGGUACCCAACCCACCAGCCCAUCCAAAGAAAAAUCGAGAUUAUGUUGAAUUAAAUAAACUAAGGUUGGGAAGGAAAAGCAAUUCAGCUUCUUACCUUGAAAUGUAUUCGAAACGAAAUAAGCAAAAGUAUGAAGAAAACACUGAACAAGAUGAUGUUGGAAGCAAAGACACAGACCGAGUUACACAACAGAGAACUCCAGAAAUAAGUCCUCAUGAAAGCAACUUAACAUUAGAAGAUAGCUGGACAUUUAAGGCUGAAAGACUAAAGGCAGCAAAAGAAGGCAGGCCCAUCCCAACUAAACCAUAUAAAUCUCCCUCCUUACAAGAGGUUGGCAACUUUAUGCAACGACCAAACUUUUCCCCAAGUGAUGUGGCAGUACAUAAGGGAUAUCAAAGGAUUUCCCAUGACGAAGACUCUCAGCUUGAUCCAAACAGAAUAAAUCGCAGAAACCCCUCAAAGCAGAGUUCCUAUGAUGGGGCAAGUGACUUUAGUGGCCACCCUGCAUUCUCAUACAACCCCCAACCUAACGACGCAGCAAGAUACCAACAUAUAUCUCCAGUAAGAGACAAAUAUCAAGUCCAUGGCAGUGGAUCAUGGCAAGGACAUAUGGGAUAUAGCACAGAUGGAAUGACAAGCCAAUACAACUAUAAUCAACCUGGGUUUAAUGAUAGCAAUUCUUACUACAGGGUUCAGCAGGAAGGUUUUAAUUCUUCUGGACAGUCUCCACUGUUACAGGCGUACCACCAAAGGUUCAACCGCCUUCAACCCAUCUCGCCCCGUUACCAUGACAACAAAGUUCUUCCACCAAGCCAUGGAAUCCCUAUGAGUCCAACCAAGGUAAACGGGGACUUCCAGUUCAUGAAAAGUCCUCCAGACUCCUCUCUGUAUCAAGAGGAUGGUUCAAACUCCUCGGAAGCAAGGAGCAAUGGAAGAAUGAAGAAAAGGGUCAAUUUUGACCCAAGCAUUUAUUCACCUUCUACUCCAAGAUCUGGGAUCCCAAUUUCUCAACACAGGUUUUCCAAAUACCCGGUCCCCCUACCUCCCACCCCCCCUUCACAUAGACAUGGUAUGGUUAGAAGAUCUGUUUCUCUAUCGCCUUCAAAUGGUUCUAGAUACAUAGACAACUAUACAACAGAUCCGCAAAAUGAAUACCACAAUGUUCCAGUGUUGCCACCAAUAGCAAACACAUCAAACCACAGCAGUGUUGCCGUUGAACAAUCACCAAGACUUGAUCCUAGUGAUGCCGCAAGUGGUAGUUACCUCAAACAACAUGAAAAACAAAAGAAAGCAACUUCCUAUAAGAAAUACACCUUAAAUGAUUACAAGAGCCUUAAACGUGAUAUAAAUCUUGGUGGACUUGGUCCUGAUCUAUUAUCGGCAAAAAUCAAGAUGGACAAAGUUCAACGUGGUAAGAAAUACGCUGAGUUUAUUCGUCAACAACACAAGACAAAUGUCACACCUUCCAAACAAGAUAUGGAAUCACCACAGGAACAAAGGUUCACGAUGACUAAUGAGAGUGAGAAGAAACGAAACGAGAUGAGAGAGAAACGUGAACGGGCGAUCAACUAUGCCCGUCAAGUACCUCGUCCUAAACUCCCUGCCGAGCAGAAGGAUUUUAACGACAGUAACACUCCUAGAUCGUUACCUGUAGGUGGAAAAUCAACCCGACCAACAUUAACACAUAACGAAGGCAGGGCAUAUGAAGAUGAGGUGUCUGCUGUCGACUGGGAGUUAUUACGAUCGUUGCGUGAGAGACAUGAACGGGAAAAGGCAAUGGUGGCGGGUAUAUCUCCCAAUAAAGUUACUUAACUAGCCUAUAAGAAUGACAUUUUAAAUUUUAAAAGAAAGAUGAUUUUGGGGAAAAAAGUUUGUUUUUUUUAAAAGGGCGAAUUUUUAAAGCAAUGUUCCAGUUGUGUUGUCGCAAGUAACAGUGUGAUGCGCAAUGUUAACAGGCAAGUAUUCUGCCUUUUCACAUAGCAUGUAGGUGCUUGAAUGUGUAGUUUUGUUUGUACAUAUUUAAGCACUAUGACUCUGUGAUCAACUGGAUUUUUAGUUAAUAUAUGAUGGAACGUACUGUUGCAAUACCAUGUCCCAUAGUAUACAUUCAUAUCACUGUUAACUGGCUGUACUGUGGGGGGUUACAUUCGAUAUUCUAUUAAUUAUAUACUGUACUCAGUUCCACAUAGACGAUUGUGGCUGUUUUGUUCGGUGGUUAUUUUCCUUUCUUUUAACUUUUUCGCAAAUGGUGCUGUACUUUAUUCGUUUGUCAACAUUUUUUCUGUUUCG